GUGGUUGGCAAUAUAGGUCUUUGACCAACGACCUAGAAGACAACAAAAACAAUGUCCUACUUUAAUCAUUUCAGUAUAGUGAGGGCUAUGAAACAGAGACCAGAGGCCAUGGCCAUGUCUCAGAGAGGCCAGCAGGACAACGGUCUGACUCAGGUGUUGGCUGAUGUGUUAGCGGAGGUGAGGCUCUCUAUCAGCAGAGACAUUAGUGGUGCAGACCUGCUUCACAGCCUGCUCAGUGCACCCUGGCUUCGGUCGCUACUUAGGGUAUAUGAGUGCCUGUUGCAGCAGAAGAAUGCAAAGUGUGUGUUAACCCCUUACUUGCCUUACUCAUCCGGUCUCUCCCAGGAGGUGAUGGCCAAUUUAAGAGAGGUCACCACCCCUACACCAGAGAUUCUGGAGCUUUACCGCCUACUGGAGAAGCCUCACGUCCAGGCCCUGUUGCUCACUCACGACACGGUGGCCAAGAAGGACUAUGAUCCUGUGCUGCCCCCUGUCCCUGCCGACCUGCCUAGCGAUGAGGAGGCCAUGAGGAUUGUGUGUAUGGUCAAGAACAAGCAGCCCCUGGGAGCCACUAUCAAGAAGGACCUUAAGACCAAGGAAAUCCUCGUGGCCAGAGUCAUCCAUGGAGGCCUAGCUGACCGCAGUGGUCUCCUGAACCCAGGUGAUAAGCUGGUUGAGGUGAAUGGGAGGCCUAUGAGGGGACUGGAGCCAGAACAGGUCAUCCAGAUCCUGACGAACUCACGAGGAACUAUAAUGUUCAAAGUCAUCCCCAACUUAACUCAGCCAGACAACCAGCAAGCCACGGUGUUUGUGCGGGCUAUGGCAGACUAUGCUCCUGCUCUUGACCGCACUAUUCCGUGUCCGGAUGCAGGGAUGGCUUUCCAUAAGGGAGAGCUGCUGGAGAUCGUGGACCAGACCGACGCCCUCUGGUGGCAGGCCAGGAAACUGGACAGCUCAGCCGCCUGCGCAGGACUCAUACCGUCCACUAAUUCUCUCAAGAAGAGACUGAGGGAGGUGUGGUUCUCUGAGCCACCUCAAGGACACUCCUGCAUCAAACCCUUGGACUCGUUUGAUGACGACGAUGACGACGACUUAGGGGUCAUUGAUCUCAAGUUUGACGACACAGAUGAGGACGCUGUUGAAACUGACGAGCUCUCAGAAGAGGAGGCUGAGAAUGACUACACAAGGGAUGGUAUUUACAUAGCUGGGUUCCGGCGCAGCAUUCGCUUGUGGAGGCGGAGGACUCAGAGCAAGCGGCGUCAGUCGUGUCACUCAUGUUGCCCUACUAACAGCCAUGGCUCGCUAGCCAAUCCCUACGAAGAGGUGGUCACCUUUCAGAGGAACCCCGAAGACCCACCCCGCCUCAUUGCCCUGAUAGGUCCAUCUGGAGUAGGAGUGAAUGAGCUGCGUAAACGGAUCAUCAAAAUCAACCCCAUGAAGUUUCAAGGGGCUGUUCCUCACACAACUCGACCCCUGAAGCGGUCAGAAGAGGCUGGGAGAGAGUAUCACUUCAUCAGCAGGGAGCUGUUUGAGUACAUGGCCUGCAACCACAGGUUUCUGGAGUACGGAGAGUACAAAGGUCAUUUCUAUGGUACCAGUGUGGACGCCAUCAAGGAGGUGAUUGACAGCGGGAAAGUGUGUGUCAUCGACAUCGAGCCACAUAGUAUCCCGUCCAUCAGGACCAAGCGGUUGCAGCCCUUCAUCAUCUUCGUCCGGCCUCCUAGUCUUGAGCGCCUGAGACAGACGAGGAGGAGCGCCAAGAUCUUCACCCUCUACCAGAUGGAGCGCAGCUUCAGGGAUGAGGACUUCCGUGAGAUGGAGCAGACAUCGGGGCGUUUGGAGACGCUGUACGGUCACUACUUUGACCGUGUGCUGGUGAACGAGGACCUGCGAGAGACCUGCCUCCAGCUCUUCAACCUGAUCCAGCAUGCUCAGGAGGACCAACAGUGGGUUCCUACAGCCUGGACACUACCUGACGAACCCUAACGGCCUGGACACUACCUGACGAACCCUAAUCCACGCACGCACACACGCACGCACGGCACGUACACAUGCACACAUGCA